UGCCCGGACCGUUGGACGCUUCAGUUGGAUUUCAAACGUUAGCGCGCGCGGUUGUUGGAACGUGUCCCAAAAAAAAAAGUCGAAAAAACAAAACAUAAAAUCCAUUGAGGCUUUGACAACCGAUUUCCUUCACAAUAUUCGAAGGACAGCAGCAUCGCGCAGUUGUGAAAAGUGAAAAGCGUGUUAAGCGUUUGCGUUAAAGCAUUCGCUUGAUCUCCGGCUGAAUUCCAACAAAAAAAGGAAAACAAAUUUAGAAGCGGAAAAUAGGCCAAGUCAUAUCCCAGGCAGACCAAGUUCAACCAGGAAGAUCAUUCCCAGGCGAUCGAGAUUAUCACCUGGUCUCACGUGAAGAUGGAUUCGGAUACGUUAAGGAGCCACCUCCUCCUUCUGGUUUGGCUUCUAUCAUUUGUCACCUUAUGUCGAAACACAUUGGCGGUUAAUCGACAGGCGGAUUUGGAUUUGGCAGCGCAGCUAGCGGAUGCGGAGGCCGAGGCGAGACCAGACUACGCUGGAGACUCCCCAGACACGCCGCACAUACGCAGAAAACGUUUGAUUUGGAUUACGGACGAUGGAAGAUUGGCCCUGCCCCCGGGCACCGCCCUGACUUUUACUCCAACGAUCUCCAUGCCCCUAGUGCGGCAUCCGCCUGAGGGUUUCUUCUCCAACCUGACCAUCAGCUUCCCCGUUACCAUUGACUUUGACAAGCUGGGACUGACGGAUAAUCAGAAUCCUCUGGGGGAUCUGCCGCCAUUAUUUGCCCGCUCCUUUGGACACGAGGCGGGUCACAUGGUGGGCGAGUACGUGGCUAGAUAUCUGCAUGUACAGCGGCGCAAGAGGGAUCUCAGCGAGCAGCGGAGUAGAAGCGACGAGGAUCAUCCCUUCAAAGUCCAGGACGAGGGUCCUAAGUUUCCGGAACUGCCCGCCGGACUGCAGCACAUAUUCCACGGCGGGGAACGGGUCCUGCUGUACGGUGUGGUGGAGGACUUUCUGUCCACGUUCGGGAUGGAUGGCAAAGCCUGUUUGCUGCGAACAAUCUGCGAGAUGCACUCCCGGAGUCUCGAGAAGUUUGGCGUCUUUGGUGAAAUUUCGAAGUUGUUUCUAACGGUGACCAAAUCACCUUUCGCUGAUCUCGUUCCCGACUAUGUUCAAGCCCAGGAAGUCGGUGAAGGGAAGCAGGCUCCAGGCGAGUGUUUCCCUUACUACAAGGCCUGCCCGAAGAGCAUAUUCAAAGCCCUGGCCAGCAAAUACAGCAAACCGGCACCUGCAACAAAGACGAAAAAUACGAAAACCACUGAAAGACCCAAGGGAGAGUAUUACGAGCAGCAGGUGAUACAGUUGCCCGCCACGCGGGAUCGGGAAAAUGAUGUGUUCAUGUAGAAGAAACCUCCUCCCCCAGCGACAGCGACUCCCAUUGUUGACCUCGUCUAGCUUUUAGGAUUAAAGUCACUUGUUUUUAAUUAACGCGUACUAAUUAAUUUAUUAUUAUUUAUUUGAUUUAUUUAUCGUAUUUAUUGUUAGCUUUAGGCGUUGUUAACU